AUGGGAUUGGUUUCGAUAUGGGCAAGUGAAGAAACGGGUGGCGAGAAACCAAAUGACAAGAAACCAGGGGUAUCAAAGGGUGGAGAACAUACGUUGGAGAGUAAAUGGAGUAAACCCAUUACGCUGACAUCAAAAUUGGAAAGCCAAUGGGGAAGUAGCAGUAGCGAUUCCAAGGAAGGUGACACAUAUUCGAGAAACGAUAGAGAAGAUAAAGGCUCCAACAAUCAUGAGAAUAGCAGGCCUCGUUUCAACAAGAGGGGUGGUCACAAAACACAUGGAGCAAAAUCUCAUCAGGAUAAGGAGCUUCAUAGACGACAUUCUAAAAGCCGAGACACGGUUUAUAGUGGAGAUCAAAGGCACAGAUAUCAUGAUACACACGAAGCACCCGUGGAAGCGUAUGAGAAAGACUCAGAUGAAGAGACUGUUGUUGCGGAUAAAUUAUACCCCAAGGGCCCCAUGACAAAAUCUGCGCGGUCUUUAGCUGCCAGAAUUACAAUUGAACCUAAAAGAGAGGAUAAUGAUGAUGAUGAUAAUCCUACUGUAUGGGGAGAGGCUAGCGAGGACGAUGGAGAGAAGGGGGAAAGGCUGAAGCCCAAACCAGCACAGGGUAGGUCAUUGGCGGCUCGAUUGGAUGGCUUGAAUUUCAAAGAAACCGAAGAUAAACCAUCAGACUCAGAGAGGAUAAAAGAACGGAGGAAGAGGCUUGACAAAGAACCACGCAAACAAUCAAUUGGUCGACAAACCAGACGAAAUAAGGAUACAAAGCCUAGUGCAGUGAAGGUGGAUCCGAUAGAUAAGCAAGCUGCUAUAGAGAAGGAAGAGAAGGAAAAACAAGACUUUCUUAAAAUGCUUGAAGAGUUUGAGAGUAAGAAACUAGACUGGGCUAGUUUUGAAGAGUAG